GUUUCAAACUUUACAAACGAUGGCCAAACCUGAUUUCUUGUAAAGGCUGGGAUAAUUAAUUUGUCUAUUUUCCUACGGAGAGAGAGAGAGAGAGAGAGAGAGAGAGUUGGAAGGAGAUGGUACUGCAGACGUCUGAUCUCCUGAAGAAUGAGCUUCCCGUUGAGCAGGAAACUCUGGUUCUGUCUGACGAUGUUGUGACUGGUCUUGUUCUCGUGGAUAUCGUCAAUGGUUUCUGUACUGUUGGAGCUGGGAAUUUGGCUCCAAAAGAGACCGACAAACAGAUCUCUGGAAUGGUGGAGGAGUCGGUGAAGUUGGCCAAAGUGUUCUGCGAGAAUAAAUGGCCUGUUCUGGCUUUCCUUGAUUCUCAUCAUCCUGAUAAACCCGAGCACCCAUAUCCUCCUCAUUGUUUGAUUGGAACAGAAGAAUCAGAGCUAGUCCCAGCUCUGCAACGGUUGGAAAAGGAAACAAAUGUAACAAUUAGACGCAAGGAUUGCAUUAAUGGGUUUCUUGGUUCAAUUGAGAAAGAUGGCUCAAAUGUUUUUGUGGAUUGGGUGGGAACCAACAAGAUCAAAGUUAUACUUGUAGUAGGGAUAUGCACGGAUAUCUGUGUGCUAGAUUUUGUGGCCACUGCAUUAUCUGCAAGAAAUCGUGGUUUUCUUGCCCCUCUAGAGGAUGUGGUGGUGUACUCCCGUGGUUGUGCAACAUAUGAUAUUCCAUCUCAUGUUGCAAAAAGCAAUAAUGAAGUUGUAGCUCAUCCACAGGAGCUUAUGCAUCACAUUGGCCUUUACAUGGCUAAGGGAAGAGGAGCCAAGAUAGCAUGGGAAGUGUUAGUAGGUCCACAUGAAAAGCCAUGAUAUACUGCCAGGUUUAGCUGUCAAUUUUCUUUUAUACCUCUUCUGGUAUCCAGGGAUAACUGAGGUGAUGUAAGCCAAUUAAAUCUAAAUCUUUGUUUGAGACUUCACAAAAUGUAUGUAGGAUACUUUGUUGGAGUAAUAAUAAGAGCAAUCAUCCGCAACAAGAUGCCAAUUAUCUCA